GGGAAAGGCGCCGCCCGGCGUCUGAGGGGCGUGGCCAAGGGGGGCCCCGUGGUUCGCAGAGCCAUUUUCUGAAGUGCAGUCUGAUAGAAGACUAUUUCCUAUGGCGUCCAAGGACCAAAGGAAGGAAAAAGAGACUCCUGCCAACUGUUUGACAGCAUCUUUCCAAUGGGCAGAUGUCCUGUCUACAGUGAAGGAUCAGAUCCCCUCAAUGGACUCUGACAUUCUGAAGGUAGGUACUUCUGAUGAAGAAGAAGAUGGGGAGCUUUUCAUCUUCCAGCGAGAUCAAUCCAACCUCAUACCUGACUUGUCAGAGGAACUGGAAGAUAUCCCUCCAGAGGAAGCACGCCUCCAGAAAACAUUUGAAUUCAUGAGACAUCCAGGAAAGAUCUGGAAUGAAAAUGAAGGCAAUCCAACUUUUGAAACAGACAGCAGUGCCCUUCAGUCUGCAUCUGGAGGGCACAUAUUGCUAGAGAAAGGUGGCCUUGACCUUCUGACUGAAGAGCAGUCAGGCCAGCAAGCCAUUGUGCCUUCUGAAUUCUCUACAGAUGAGUGUAAAUCUGGAAAGGGAAUCUCAGGGGCCUUCCCAGACAAAGAACAGAAUGUUAGGAAGGACGACGGCUCUGAACAUUGUUUAUCACUUGGCAUGUCGCCAUCUGCAGAAGGGUCACCUUUUUUGAUGUUAAACACCAGUGAAAAAGAACGAAGAAAACUAAUAGAAGCAAAAAUACUAUCCAAGGCAGCACUGGGACUACAUUCUGAAAAUGUAGAUCAUUCAGAAUCCAAAAACAACAACAACAGUUUAGAAAAGACAGCAAAAUCAGAAAGGGAACUGCAAGCUGAACACCGUGGAGAGUUGAUGCUGCUUGCCUUCAAGGAAAUGGAGAAAUGGGAUCUGGACAAAAUUUUACAUGACCUGGAGAUGCAAAAUGACAGCCAUGCAAGCUGGAUCACAGAGACUGCUUUUCCUUCAACAAACCACGAAACCUUCAGGGCUGUGUCCCAAGCAAAGCUCAUGGGGAAGCUGGAAGAGCUGUCACUCAAGCAGUCACGGGCCCAUUGUUCGCGCCACAGGAAGUGCCUUGCCAAGCUGCCGCGCUUCAGCCAGUGCCAGGGUGAUGGGAGAGAUGUUCCCUUUCCAGCACCAGUGACAACAGGUCGAAGCCUGACUCCAGCGGUACUGCGGUUUCCUCCAGAUCCACCAACUGUAUAUAUUGAUUUAAGGGAUGCGCUGCCUCAGGAGUCUCAAGUGCUGAAUACUGAAAAGCAAAGCUCAAGUGACAGCUCCACAGAUGAGGAGGAAGAUACAGAAGUGACAGGCCAAGAGACAGUGGAAGAAAGAAUGAAAGAAUUCCCCCAACCAUCAUACAAGAACUGCACCGGGAAAAGCUUUCUGCUGCAGCAGCUCCGCAACUUUCGCAGAAGAAUGUCCCAGUCUCUGGCUGUUGCUCAAGAGAAAGGAAAGACCCCAGGAGAAACUGAUCUGCCAGACGUGAGCAGACGGCACCUAAAACUGAAACCAGCACAUUUGGAGUCCAGUAGGAAGAGUUUUUCCCUUCUUAAUCAUGUUACCAGAGCAGUUACACCUUCAAGAGAAUUCAAGGAAGAAACUGAGAAAGGGGCACAUUCAGAGUUGCCUCAAGAUCCCUCUUCUGCAGACAAAGAGGAUAGAAGAAAUCAAACAGGAAAAGCAGAUCAAGGAGAAGCUCAAGAAAUGGGGACUCCAGGAGCAGCUGGAGAAACUAGAGCCCCAGUCUUCCAUCACUGAGGAGGAGUCCCUGGCAGAACCAUCCCCACCUCGUUUCAUGAGGUGAGCAGUACAGAAUAGCCAAGAAACAGACCUUUCUCCAGGAUCUCAUGCUUUCUGCAGCUGACUUCCUCCUGAUCUUGAUGGUCUUCUGGAUGUAUUAAUUCGAACCUGAUGCUUCAGGCCUGCUUGUGGCGGUCUGGCAGAUGCUUCCUGAUGUGGAUCAUGGCAGACUCUGUGAACACAGCAGUGAGAAGUUUAAGCUGCAAUUUCUUUACUUAAUAAUUUAUCUUCAUCCCAUGUUUUGACCAAAAAUUUGUUUCCCAAACAUAGCUUGCAACGUUUUA